ACAUCUGGAGGCGUGUACAGCCAGGUGUUGGUACAGCGCGUGUGAUCUCGCAAUCGUCAUGUUGCAGAGCUUGCGUAGUAAUGGCUUUUACAGUGUUGAAGAAAAUAAGUGAUCGUAGAGAACUGAUACAAGGAACUGUGAUAAGCCCGUCGCCAAGCCUCGUGUCGUAUUGUUAUUUGAACGACGGCUAUCUCAGAGUGGUAGACAUUAAGACCGAGUUUGUCACAGCACAAGUUGACGGUGUACAAGACUUCAUAUGGAGAGAAGGAGUAAACGCAGAUGAGCUUCUAGUCGUGUCAAACGACCGUGAUCUAUCGCUGUACUCGUCGCUUGUCACCGGGUCGGUUGUGAAAAAGCAACUUAAAUGGACUUCUCUACACGAGCCUGAGGCAAUCGAGCUGAUUUACUGCCAUGCCAACACCUUCGUAUUUCUUAUCAACAAAUCUCACCUUGCGAGCGCUGUCUUGAUAAGUGAUGUGCUGGAAACUGUAUGGUGCCUGGAAUAUCCUUAUGAUGUACUUAGAGUGAGAGUUGUAGGAUCAGACCUGUAUGUGCUUACGUCACAGGGAAGACUUUUUUCGUAUGAUAUUAAAGAUGGCUCACAGUCUGCACACUGGGAGCUGCAGGAGGACCUCUUCGAUCUCACGAAGAGCUCCGAUUUCUGUGCCUUCCAUUAUUCAGAAACUGCCAUUAUUUGUGUUGGCCACACGAAAUUGUACAGCGUGCGCUUGCGACAUUCGCGUGACGAGAAGGAUGCUCCUAACCGUGCGAUCAAGUCUAGAGGCAUCGUCACUGGCCUCGCGAAAGCAAGUCCCAGCCCCGCAGCAAGUGCUCACUGCCAGUUAUUGCUUGAUCUGUCAAGCCAAGAUGCCGAUCAGCACAUCAUGUGGACGCCGAAUGACAGACACCUGAUUUUGUGCUGCGGUGUUCGAGGCCUGCAAAAUCUGGCGACUUUCGAAUUGGAUGCCAAUGGGCUGUUCUCUUUGGUGCCCUGUGAGAGUGGCCUCCCUGAAGGAGCAUCAUUUUCGGUUGUUUAUGACACCAGAAGCACCAUUGGGCAUGCACCAGUGUUUCUCUUUCCUCAUUUCACCGCUACACUGACAUUUGGUGCUGCCACUCGAAGAUUGCUUGCAGAGGUCAUGGAGCAAACUGGAACCCAGGCAGCUGAGACCUUGUCCCAGUUAAAUCAGUGGCAGGUGAUGACUGUUGACCUUACUAUGCUCCUUCGUGGUGUCCAAAAUCGACAGCUUGACAUGGUGGCUUUCUUUCUAAAGGCCAAAGAAGAUGCUCUGGCAGCACAGUUGACCAUGGAGCCGGAGUCACAGCAGAGCAGUGCCCAGUUACAAUUGCUGUCCAGGGAAGCAGAGACAUGGAGCAAAGUGCUGGAAGAGCUGACGGGAAUCAUCAAGCAAAAUUCCGAGGACCUUUCAUCGAAGCUGUUCUCACAGCAGCUGCUUCAGCUUCUACUGUCCAGCCUUGUCCACCUGCUCACAAUGCUGCAUCCACGAGACAUGGAUGACAGUUGGAUUGAAAGGGCAGAGCUUCGCAGAAGCAUUUGCAAGACUCUUGCUGCUUACCUGAGCCAGCUUCGAAGCCAUGUUCACAGUAAUGUGAAUGAACAGCUUGUGGAACCCAAAGUUGUCAUCGAUGACUCAACAGUAGAGUGGGACAGACUCAGUGACCAGGAGGUGAUGCUGAAGUGCGUUCGAAAUGGAAAUGUGCCUGAAGGCCAAUACCACCUGUUGCGUCGUGGUAAGAUGAGGAAGGCAGAUCUCAUGAAGUCCUUUCAAGAAGUGGCAGAGCAUGAAGCCCUGCAGUGCCUGAGCAGCAAGGACUUUGCCAAGUCGGACCUUGUCCUUGCCAAUGUGGGAUAUUCAAGUACAGAGAAGUUGAAAGAGAUGCUGAUGCUUUGCCGGAAUCGUAGUAUCACCAGGCUGCUAAAAGAAGAGCUGUCAAGUGCAGGUGUCUUGAGCAGCGAUGAAACUCGUCUUUUGGAGAAAUGCGACAGUAUUGAUGCCAUAUUUUGUGAUAACAAGUCCUGGGCUUGCUCAGCGGCCACACGGCACCGGGCCACUGCAAAGCACAAACAACCAUAUGGAUCAAAACGAGUUGCCACCACUGUGAAACCUUGCCAGCUACCAGACAUAACCCACCACUGGGACAUGGCAACAAACCAUGGCGUAAUGGCGCCUUACUGUCGAUUUGCACCAUCCUGGCUCAAGUAUUGGGACUCUGAUACCAUUGACAGGGUGUUAACAGAAGGCCAUGCAGUGCUUGCAUCCCAAGACAAUGUUCACCUCGGGCCUGGUAAUGACUCCUGGCGCCUUUUUUUGGAGUACGGGCUGCUUGAAAAAGCACUAGCCAACCCAUUGCCAUGUGAGGCUGUGGAGGAGGCUGGCUGCAUGGUGCACAUUCGUCGGCAGCUGCUUGGAGCUUUGGCGAGGGAAGGCCAUGUAGACGAGGACACACUGGAAGACUUUGAGGCACUUCUUGCUCUCCUGGGUGAAGCUGGUUUACGCCCGUCUCAGCUGGCAGCUUCGCCACAUGGUGCUGUCACACCAGAAGACUUUGUGCACCGCAUGGUUCACUACUGCCUCCAGCACAAGCUGUACCACUUGCUGUACCUUUUCUUGGGAGACCUCUGCCAAGGACUGCCACCUUUGUGUCCCAGAUGCAACAGCUCCUUUGUGUCAGCUCUGCGUGAACACUGGUGCUGGAUGGAAGACCCAAAUGAUGCUUUCAAAGCUCGGCGUGCAAUGGUAGCACUUGCAAAGUGCCUACCAAAGAAAGAUGGCAACGAGGAUCCCGCUACCUUCCUUGCUGUGGCAUCAACACCUAGCGACCCUGAAGACAUUUCGCUAUACCACCUUCUUCAAAAAGGAACACCAUUUGAAACUAGUGGCCUUUUUGCAUGGCAAUCUACGAAUGUCUGUCAAGUGGACUCUGAAGGUUCCUCACUUCCCCACUUUUCCCAACCAUCAUUGCAAGACAAAUUUGGCCUGCGGGAGGAGCUAGGCUACACCUAUUACCUCCACAAGGGCCGUCCUUGUGCUGCAACAUUCAAGUUUUUGGCUCAGGAGAUACUUCAGCAAGGCUGCCUCGUCAACAAAAGGAUUCGGGGUGCCUGCAAUAGAGCCUGGAGACUUGCUGAACAAAACACAGAUGACAUGAAGAUGGUGGCUUCAAGUGUUGCCUUUGCGGAACUCCUGGGCAAUGACUCUCAGAACUUCAGGCUGAACCUCAGAAUGGCACGGCUUGUGUUUCCUAACAGUCCUCUAGGAGAACUGCUUAGAGCCAUUCGAAACAGCAAGGAAGUUGCCAGGAAGCUUCUGCAUCAAGGAGCCAUCUCCCUUCAACGAAGUCUUAUGGACUGCUCUCAUACAGCGCUGGACGAGGCCUGCAGUAGUGGAGCAUUUCUCUUGCAUCGCUUUGCAUGCAAGCAUGGCCUAGACACACCUGACGCGAUGCUGCGUGUGUGUGCGGCGUCUGGUGACUGGCUGGGCUUCCUUCUUUGGGCACAACUGCUGCAGCUGCCGAGGGUGCAGGUGCUGGAAUUGGUGCCUCUUUUUGAAGGCAGCUGCCUCAGAGAGCACCUAACAAAAGCCCUUUCUGUAGUAAGCUCCCUGCGACCAAGUGAGCACCGUCGAAGAGACCUGAGGGCAUCACUUUACGCUCGCAUAGGCCUACAAGCACCUGCUGCCAAGUCCCACGACCAGCAGGAAAAUACGGCUGAGAAUGAUGCACUGUCUGUCUGCAGCAGCGAAAGCAUUGAUGCGGCUGUUGUGGCUGCUACUGAACACCAAUACUCUUCAGAGCUUAUGGAACUGGUGCUCCAAUGUAGUGGAAGCAAUGCCUCGGGGAGCACAGUAGUGGCAUGGGAACGAUUCUUUCGUGCAGCUGCUGUGCUGCAGCACCAGACACCGUGCCUGCUUGCUGGCUGUUGUCCUGAUGCUCCCAUGGGCAGCUGCUUGGCGCUGUGGUUGCAGCUGUGCUUGGGCACCUAUGACUCAAAAUCAAGAGAAGGUGCCUUGGAGUUCACGCUGGUAGAUCUGCAAGAAACCAUGGAGGAUGCAGUGCGCAAGGGACGCCUCCGCACUUUGCACCUGGGGCUGCAGCUCUUCUUACCUGAAAGUCUCAUGCUCACCCUGGUGGAGUUCUUGGUUUUUCUUUUUCUUGAACGUGACAAGAUGCAGGCAACGUCAUUGCUUGAGAACUUGAAACUUCGCUUUACAAAGCUCAAUACGGCUUCCACGUCAGGCUCGGGCGUUGGGUCUCGGGUUUGGCUGAAGGAGACUGCACAAAAGCUGCUCAGUGCUUCAUUUGUGCUCUGUCGCUCGCACAAGGACAUGGAGGCCCUGCUCUGUCACUGCGCCUCUUUGUACAAUGUCAGUGAGCUGCUUGCACUGGCACCCCUGCUGUCGUCAUUGAGCCCCUCGUUGUAUGUGGGCUUUGACUGGGCCCUCCUGUGGGCAGCUGCCCCUGCAGAACGUGCUUGUGCUGUGGCUGCCAUGGUUGCACGACUCAAUGAGGCGGGCCAUUUUGCCUCUGCUCUCCAGCUGGCACAAGCUGCGCAGCUGCCGUUGGCCGAUGUGGCUAUCAGUCAGCUGGAGCUUCGUUAUGAUGCCCUGCGUGGAGCCACAGAUAUUGCCUUCUGGGAAGAUUGUGACAGGGUGCUGAAGGAUUAUGACGUAGAUGCCACCAUGGCAUUCUGUUUCCUCAAGAGUAAAACUGAACUGUUGGCAACAGACACAGAGCGGCACCACGUGGGGCGACUUGCACUGCGCUGGCUGCAGGCAAGUCCUGCGUGGCCCUCGCCACAGGCUGAGCAUUGGGAGGCCAGAGUGUGGCUCUGGUGCAUCCGCGGCGGAGGCAGGUCACAGCCAGAAGAUGCUGGGAGUGGAGGGCCUCUGGUGAUGCCCUCACCACCAAGCCCCGGUGCUUGUGAAACUUUGACUGACCCACAGGAGAUUAAGUCAUUGAAGAUUCUUAUCGAUGACCUUCUUUCCCAAGGUCAGUUUUGCAAGGCCUGCCAGCUGUCGUCUCUCUUUGGAAGUUCUACACCGGAUCUAGACAUCUUAUUAACAUGCGUACGCCUAGCACAGCAAAUGCUGACCGCUGAUGGCGUGGAUCAACAAAUCAUGAGCUUGGUUGGAAAAGCACUGUCCAUGCCCAUGAGAAAGACAUCGAUGGUUGUGUUUUCUCCAGCUUGGCAAAGUACUAGCAGCAGCAAAAAAUCUAGAGAUGAAGGAAUCUUGAAGCUAUUGGAGCAACUUGCCACAUCAGCCUCUCAUUCCCAGGAGCUCUGUCAGCGUGUCCUGGUCAUGUUUAACUUGUCCCUGCAUCUGCAAUGUGCAUAUGAGGAGCUGGCAUUGGAGACUGACCCUGUCAGCCACCUGGGACGGUUGCUGAGCAGUGCGGGCACAGAACGAGCACUUUCUCGCAGCGACUUUGCCCUUGCAAAGAAGGUGAUAGUGUUUUUCAAGAUUCCCGAUGAAGAUGUGGCCAAGUUUCUGUUUCGCCAUGCUAUGACAGCCAUCCGAGCAGCUGCUGGACGUGACCACGAUAACAAGAAAAAAACAAUACUAGAUUCCUGGGACCUUGCAGUAGGCUUGUGCAGUGACCCAUGUCUGCUGGGAAACUGCCUGCUCAAGGCUCGGGCAGCUAAUCUUGAUGCUGUUCGACACAGCUUCAAAGCACUGUCGCUGGAGGUAGAGCUUUGUGUGCGGUCACACAGCUGCUUCCUGGAGGCGUGCAGCAUGGAGGGCAUCUCGCGCGUGCUGCACCGCUGUCACAGACUCACGCCAUACCUCGUGGCUGGUAAACACUUUGGCUUGCUUGUGUCUCUACUGACCGGCAUGGCGCGGUACAGCGAGAUGACCUACGUCUUCGAUUUGCUGCAGCAGCACCACCACUUUGAGCUGCUCUUCCAGAAAGGCAUGGAGAAGGUACCAUAUCUAAGGGUGGCUUUGUUGGAUUACCUCAAGCAUCGGGGUUGCACGGACACUGACCUGUACUCUAUGCUGACAUUGAAUUUCAACAUGCAUCGUGAAAUCGCUGAGCACCUUGAAUCUGCAGCUCUCAAGAAGAUGAACAGGCUCUCUAGUGAUGGGCCCAUGACAUGGAGUGCGCAGGAACAGCAGGUCUUGGACACUGUGAUGCAGGAUCUGGCCGACGCAGCUGAAAGCUAUGUCAAGGCGGAAUGUCUUUUGAGGGCUCAAGCGUGUGCCCGGCAAGCGCAAUUUGUUGCCCUCCAGUUGCGUUACUUCAAAUCUCGGCUUCCACUGCUCAACCUCACACCUUCUGCUGCCCUUGCUACUGUGGCACAGCAUCCAAAUUUUUUUGAGGCGGACAUGAUAGCAGAGGCAUAUGGGCUUCAAGGAUGGCAUAGUGCAGCGAUUUUUCAGAGGGUGUUGCUGGAACAAGACUGGGAAUACCUCAGGGACCUGUGUUCAGUCUGUGAGUUGACUCCUGAACACGUUCAAGAGCUAGUUUUCAAGUACGAGGCAGAAGCAUCUAGAAACGAGAAGAGUCGAGAAGCCCUUGAGCACAUCCUUGAAAGUCUUCCCUGCUUGGAGUCACGGCUGCGGCUGUCAAAGAGGCUUGGAUUUUCACGACUAGCAUCACAAACACUACAAGAUCACCCUUAUCUUCGAGACUGCCUUGAACAAGAUAUUCGGUAGCCGUUACUCAACCUAAUUUUAUACAGUGCCCUCAAAGUAGUAUUUGUUGCAUUUUGUACUGUUGUAAAGAAGUGAAUUUUACUAGCUGAAAAAAAAAAGUGGUUAGUGCAAUAAAGUUCUUGUUCAAAUAA